AUGGUUGGAGGGUUAGUUGGAGAUAACAUAGGAUUGAUUGAAGAGGUUAUCAAGAAGUCAUGUAGUUUGUCUUCCAAAGCUCACAAGUCACCAACGGAACCUUAUAUUUCUGAAAAUUUUAAGACAUCCUCGGACUCAGCAGCAUAUCUUGUUAUAAGCUUUCCUGGAUCGUGGGUGGAAACUGACUGGUUUGUUACAAAACCAGUUGGAGAAACUAAGAUAGAUCUUGGUCACUUUCCUUUACUUAAAAGUGUUGGCAAUGAUGAAACUGCUUUGGUAAACCAAGCUUUCUUAAACAGAUUCGACAGCUUAUUCAAAUUUUCCUCAAUUAUAUCCGAGGUGAAGAAAGGUGUGGCAGAAGGAAGCAUGUAG